AUGGCGCGUUUGCUCAGCCGAGUGCCGGAGCGGCUGGGCGAGAUGCUGCUGCCGUUGAUGCAGGCCAUGGCCGCAAUCCAACGGCACCAAUUCACAGACGCGUUCGGGGAGAUGCUGCAGGCCGCUAACUCGUCUCAUAGCCAUGUCUCCCCGCCGUGCCUCCCCCCCCCCUGCGCGCGCCAGUCUGUUUCUACCGGUGCUGCGCAACUGGGAGGGCACGUGGGCGCUGCCCCCGCUGCACGCGGUGGUGCACGACCUGCGCGUGCUGGCGGAGAAGGGGAGCAGGCGGACAUGGAGCAGAGGGCAGCGGGCAAGUCACCGGAUAAGCUCAAGGCAGCAGCGUCGUUCCUCAUGAAGGUCUUCGGCGCCAUCGCUGGCAAGGGCCCUAAGAAGGUGGGGUCGCUCUAUGUGGCAUGCCAACUCUUCAAGAUCUACUUCAAGGUAUCCCUCUCUCUCCUUCCCCCUCACUCCCUGUCUCACCCAGCCCCCCAUUUCGCAUGCACUCUGGGGACGUUGAAUCUGAGCAAGAGCAUCAUCCGUGUGAUUGACUCCUCCAAGGGCUUUGAUGACUACCCGGCCAGAGACCAGGUACUUCCACCUCCUCUCUCACCCUCAUCCUCUCAUGCCUGCUUGCCUGUCCCGGUGCCGCCUGUCUGCCUCUUCGUCCUCCUGGUUACUUCCACCUCCUCUCUCACCCUCAUCCUCUCAUGCCUGCUUGCCUGUCCCGGUGCCGCCUGUCUGCCUCUUCUUCCUCCUGGUGUAUGUACUUCCACCUCCUCUCUCACCCUCAUCCUCUCAUGCCUGCUUGCCUGUCCCGGUGCCGCCUGUCUGCCUCUUCUUCCUCCUGGUGUGACCUACAAGUACUACACAGGGCGCCUUGAUGUCUUCAACGAUGCCUUCCUGCUCGUAUGUGCCCGCACCUGCCAUGCUCCAUUCAACCGUUCCCGCACAUGCCACCUCAUUCUUCUCCCACCACUUGCUUCCAUGCGCCCUCUUGCCCUGCCCAUACACACCCAUGCCUUGCGCCUGUCACUGGGUCACCUGCCCUCGCCUGAGCUGCUCCGCAACCACCAUCUGCAAGAGGUGCUCCCCUACCCGCCACCCCUCGCCCUCCGUUCCCUCACUGCUCGAUAUUUUCUGCUCUGCUCUCUCUGCUGCUGCUCGUUUCGCCCUCCUUUACCUUCCGCCCACCCCUGUGCUUGUCCUCCGCACCCGUUUUCGUUCCCUGUCAUCCACGUGUUGCAGCGAGCCAAGGACCCGGCGCGAGCGCACCAGGUGCGGCUGGAGGUGGUGGUGCGGGCGCUGGCGGGGCGGGGGGUGGCGGUGGACGUGGACGAGCUGGAGGGGCUGGUGGCCACGCUCAUAGCGCUGGGGUUCGUGAAGGGGUACCUGUCGCACAAGAGCAAGGUCGUCGUGCUCAGCAAGCAGGACCCCUUCCCCCGCCUCACCGGCCGCGUGCUGCUCUGA